CUACCGUCUGUAUUUCUCCAUGAUCUUUCUGUCCGCUUUGCCCGCAUAGUCCCAGAGCGUCUUCCCCUGUCGUCAAGAGACCAGAUGAGCAAUGAUGUGUAUGCCUGUGCACUUACCUCCGAGUCCUUGAUGUCAAGGAAAGCACCGCCACCCCACUCCAGCCUAGGACACGAGGAGAGAGAGUGCGGAUGAGGUAUUUCCGUCAUUCAUCUGAGUCUCACAGCUGAGAAACAGCCGCAGAGUGACGGCCGUAUGCAGCACGAUGGAGUGCCGUCCAGCGAUGCUGUGUGCGGCAUGGGAAAGGCAAUAAAUCAGAUGAGAGACUUACUUCCUGUGUGUCUCACAGCGUCGGUCUGCGUGAGCAGCUUGUCGCCUCCUUUGGCAUACAGUGCCUUUAGCACAUCGACUUUUCCAUACCUGGCAGCCGUGAUGAAUGGCGUCAUGCCCAUUCUCUGGAAUCAGCAUACACACACACAAUCGGCACACAAAGCGUCAGAGACAUGUGUGUGGUUUGUUACAUAUUUGGUGCGUGCGUCGAUCAGUUUGGGAUCCCAAUCCAGCAGCUGAUUGACAGCCGCAACAUGGCCCUUCUCUGCCGCAUAGUGCAUGUUCUGUGCCGCAUAGUGCAUGGCCGUGUGACCAAUCUGAAUUUCAUCACAGCCAACACACAUCUCCUCAUCACCAACAGCAGCACACAAGAUGGUUUGGCUGUGUCGGUACCCCGUCUGUUUGCUGCAGUACGUCAGGUUUGCUCGCAUACAUCAUCGACAUGAUACCCACGUGACCCUUCUGCGCGGCCACGAUGAAAGGUGUGUCGCCAACCUGCAGUAUACUCAAGUCGAGUGAUUUUGCUGCAAGUGCAAGGGAGUCGAAAUGCUAUUACAUCUUGGCAGCGGCAGCAGAGGCACCAAAAUUCUCUCUCGUCAAGGAUAUUCAGUCCGUGCAGCUUGAUCAGCUGAGCGACGGUCGCCGACGGAUGUCAGGUCACCAGCUCUCACCGCAUCGUGGAUGUUCCUCUAGAAGACACAUACAGGCGACCGCGUGAGGCGUGAACGAUCAGCUGCCGUGCUCUGUCGAUAUCACCCGUUUGAUCUUCGAUAUCACCGAAAGGGCUUCACCAUCCACUGUUAGGAUGGUGUCCGCCUGCACAUGCAAGAGCGAAAGAGAAGAGUCUGCCGUAUGUGCCAGGACUCUGCUGUCUGUCCCUCAAUGGCCCUCUCACGGGUUUGGUCUGCUGCGUCGGCUCUGGUGCGCCUGUGCUCGGUGGUGACUUGGCUGCUGCGUCAGGCUGACCAGGGGAUGCUACAAUACAAGCAGAGAAGGAAACCUGGUGGAAUGUCUGUCUUGUCUGUCUCUGUGGCUGCACAUACCGACCUGCUUCCACUGACGGGAUUACGGUCUCGACUGCUGUGAGGGCGGCCAUGGAAGGGCGGCUGAGAGGUCUUGGCCACACUGCUUGGCGGCCCCGUUGUCGUGCUGGCCGUGCUCACGUGAACGCCCACCGCAAGGCAGACACCGCCUGCACGCAGCCCCGCCAAUGGACCUGCACCUUCUGACGGAGGGAGGGGGGAAAAGGAGAAGUUGGGGGCAGCGGCUGG